AUGAGGGCGUUAGCCACAUCCACCGCAACCAACGUCGCUCCGACGCGAAAGCUUCAACCAUCGCAUCGAUCCAACCCGUCCUCAGCUACCGACCCUGACUCGUGUUGGGAAGGAGACUCAAGCACCGAGUCGUUAUCUGACACGUACACCGACCCUGACAUUGAGGCGAAUGAAGGCAUCGAGCCAGGCACUGGUGAAGAUGCGGGUCUCGUGCUGGAUAAGGAUCUAGACCCCCACUUAGACUCUGAAGCUGAAGAGAUUCUGGGGGACAUUGCCCAACUGAGGACGGAGGGGCCAUCAAAGCCAAACCAUACCAAGCAAACGACGAAGCUAUGGAAGAGGGAAAGCGAGCACUGGGAGAGGUACUGCAAUAAAAUCAAGGACAAGACCAAGAGAUCCCCAGAAGAACAGCUACGCGCAUGCGAACCAGAGGUAUUCAAAGCGUACCUCCGCUGGCGGAAAAAACAUUCUCGGCUUAAGAAGGAAAGCUCAAUACGGAGCUAUUGGAAAAGAUUAAGCAUGUGUUACACGGAUCUCACACGCCACAAAAUGGAUACUGAUAUCCUCACCGACGUUUGUAAUUGGAUUCCAACUCUAAUGCUUGAUAAAUCCCAGAAGGAAAAGCUUGCCAUGUACGUCCAAGACCUCUACGCCAUCCUUCACGCACUCUGGGUGGAUGACACCAAACCCCUCCAUGGUUUUAUUCGAGUUCAGAUAUCGCUGCUUCUACUUCUCAGCGCUGUUACAGCGACGAGACCUGGAGCCAUUGUGGAGAGCGCUAGUGCCAAAGGUAGCAACAAGGCACUCUCGUUCAAGAACAUCGAGAUUCUGAAGGUUCGCAGCAUUGAGGAUCCCCACCGGAGUACCAUCACGGCGAAUGUCAAUCUUGAGAACAUAAAAAAUAAAGAGAGAGGUGGGAAACCGAAAAAGUUCACUUUCUAUCUAGAAGGGACCCCCGCCUUCUGCAUAGUUUCGUAUAUCCUGAGCAUUGGCGUUAGUCGAGGAGCAUUGAGGAAUGACUUUACUCGUGUUCAGGAAAUAUUCGACCUCAAUAUACCUGCGGGCCGUGACGUACUCCGCAUCAAAUGGAAAAAGCAAUUGCUAAACCAACCAUUUCUAUGCGAUGUUAGGAACACCAGCGAGGGUAUCCGGCUACUAACAGAACAAGCGUUUCCAUAUGCGAAAUACCGCGAUAUAUUCGUACGCUUAGGACGUGUUGCGGGCUUUGAGAAAUCGUUGGAGCUGUACCAGCUCCGUCGGGCUUCUGGGAGGAACAUAAACAGCGCACUGAACCCAGCUGAACGGAAUCAGACUAUGGGUAAUCUUGGGAGUACAUACGAGAAGUAUUACACGCCAACACAUAUUGCCCGCGACUUUCAAUCCAUCUACUUUGGAAGUCCUUCAGAGGACCUUCUCAUCGAAUCUGUCGCACGCAUGGGCUUAUCACGGGAUCGACGUGCACCAACGGAGCUGGAUGACGCGCAACAGGAGGAAUUACGGAACGACCCCGCACUCGCGGUCCUUCGUAAGGAGCGAGAAACAUACAAAGGACAGCUUCACGACCAAGGCUUUCAGCCACUUUCGAAGGGUCAAGGGACGGAUCUUUACAAGAAAUACGAGGACACGAAGCGAAAGAUUGGCAGUACAUACCAGAGAUUGUACAGAGAACGAUUAGACGCGGCCUACAACGAGUUCCAUGAAUCGAUCGAUACAAUCGAGAUAGCCAGGCAACUCAGUGGGAAGGCCGCAGUCGAAGUCCUGACGCUACCAGCCGUUGAGUUUGAACUUCGGGAGCGAGCCACCAUCGCCGGCAUGCUCUUCAAGCCGAUUCAGGACGACAAAACCCGGGUAAGAUUUGUGCGAACCUUGGCUAGAUUGUGCCACAAACAAGAAACGCGGCAACCAAAGGCAUUCAAGCGAAAAAAUGUGGGUUUGGUAACCCGCGAAGCCAACGGCUCAUAUUUGUCAAACAAACGAAAGAAGGGCACCGAUGGUGUUGAGAACAGUCCGCUGAAUCAGGAUGGCGGAAUUGCGGAAGAAGAGCUUGACGUACCUCCGCGCGGAAACAUCUUGCAGGCUCGGUUUCGGCAGCUAUACCCAAGAGUGCUCCCUCAUCCGGUAUGCCUUAUCUGUAUAGGGAAUGAAGAGUUCUCGUAUGAACGGAGGAUGCGCCAUGUUCCACGAAAGGAUGUCCUGAAGAAGCACGUGGAGACCCAUUUCCGACUCCCUGAACUUCAGUCAGGGUUUCAAUGCCGCCACCCUAGUUGUUCCGUCAUGUUGAUUGACAUGAUGCAUUUCAAGAGGCAUGCGCUUGACGUUCAUGGAGUGUCUCACUGA